UCUGAGGACCAGUCAGCCACGACAACCCCCAGUGCCACGUGUGCCCCAUCGCCGCCCUGUGCCGCCCGCGCGAUGGCGUCGUUCACCCGGGCGUCGGACAGCGACGCGUGGGCUCUGUUGGCGCUGAAGUCGGCGCCGGCCUCGCCGUCGAGCAUCCAGUGGGCGCCCAAUCAGGAGUCGCGACCCAUCGCACGGCUCGAGACUCGCGAGUUUGAGUUCAUGAUCCGACAGAACCGCAUUGUUAUCGGCAGGAACUCCUCCCGCGGCGAAGUGGACGUCAAUAUGGGUCACUCGUCCUUCAUCUCCCGACGACAUAUUGAGAUUCAUUACGACAGUCACCACUUCUAUAUGAUCUGCAACGGCAAGAAUGGCGUCUUCGUCGACGGCGUCUUCCAGAGGAAGGGCGCGCCGCACCUGCAGCUGCCCAAGACGUGUAUCCUCCGGUUCCCCUCAACAAACAUCAAAUUAGUCUUCCAAUCAUUGGUCGAGGACUCGAGUUCUAACUCCGGGCGCGAGUCAGUCAAAGGCCAGUCGAUGGCACCCCUGAAGGUGAACAUUCCCGACUCGACGGACCCGGACUUCGCCAGUCCUAUUCCAUCACCCGCUGGAACUAUAAGUGCCGCCAACUCGUGUCCGGCCAGUCCCAGAGGCCGACACCGAAACGAGUCGUCGAGGGAUCUUCAGAUGAUGGUGGCGUACGCGGCGGCAGCCGUGGCCACCGACGAGCACCGGGUAGGGGUGGCGCACAACGAGUCUACGCCAAAGUCGAUGUCUAUGGGUCUCCGGGAGGCGCCCCCAUCGAACAACAUUAGUAAUGAUUAUUAUUUGGUGCCACAAUCGGGUGGACACGAAUCCAAUGCCAACAGUCCCGGCGAAGUGGACGACUCGAAGCCUCCCUACUCUUACGCUCAACUCAUAGUUCAAUCGAUAUCGUCGGCCAUCGAUAAGCAGCUGACACUCAGCGGAAUCUAUUCGUAUAUCACAAAGAAUUACCCGUAUUAUAGGACAGCAGAUAAGGGAUGGCAGAACUCUAUUCGGCACAACCUAUCGUUGAACCGGUAUUUCGUGAAAGUGCCGCGUUCUCAGGAGGAGCCGGGAAAGGGAUCCUUUUGGAAAAUAGACGCUCAGUCGGAGCCUAAACUCAUUGAACAGGCGUUCAAAAGGCGACGGCAGCGGCCGAUGACGUGCUAUAGAAACCAAUUGGGCGGUUCCGCCUCCCGGUCGGCCCCCGCCUCGCCCAACCACAGUGGUCUGACCAGCGGGUUGGCCACACCCGAGGACCUGUCCCGAGAGCCCAGUCCUAUACCUGAACCUCUAGAAAGCGAAAUAAUAUCGUCGAUGGGUCCGCCAUCGUCUUACCUAACAGUGCCAACCACUAUAGAAUACAAAUUCACCAGCAAAUCAGCGCCCGGUUCGCCAGGAAUUGCCAACACAUCCGACUUUAAUGUCUCGCAAUUUGCGGACAAAUCACCAGAACUAGUGGUCACUCAUACCUCAAUGCCCACCAAUGGUGUCAACUCUAGUGACAAAGAUUUCGAACACGAGUUGAGUUUUCCGCGGACGUCAGCCCCGCGCGCCAUAGCUGUGGACAACAACACAAUAAUACUUCAGACCUCGUUAUCGUCGACGACAUCUCAGCCGACGGUUAUAGUACAGGCGCCGCCCCUCUCGAACUCUGCCGGAAAUGGCAACUCGUCGGUCAUAUCGCGCGUCUACGGCACGGAAGCGGCCAACGCCUACAAAGUGUCGGUUCCGGCGGUGGCGAUGAAACGGCCGGCACCUGACUCUGCGGUGAUGACAAUCGGUAGUCAUACGACAGGCGACGAGACGGGGCCCACAAUGGUUGCCGUGUCGGCCGCCGAUGACGUGGACUCCAGUAGUCUAUCACUUAAGCGAAUUCGAGUCGGAAAUGACGGUCAGGACGACGAGGAGUACGAGUCAUCGCGAAUGAGCUCUUGAUUUAGCGAAACCCCAAGUGUUUUCGACGCGAAUCACAACUUAUUAUAAUAUAAAUUGGACUCAAUAUUUGACUCCAAACACCAAACAAAACAAAUCAAACUAUUGUUUAUAUUUAUGUUUUCUCUCUCUAUCUCUCACUUCUCUCUCCCAUCUCUCUCUACCUCUCUUUUGAUGUCUAUUAUUGUUUUAAUUGUUUGAUUAUUUGGUUUAUUUCCCCCUCUUAUCGAUUAUAUUAAGUGUACAAUUCGUUUAAGUGUUGCGGACUUUUAGGUCAACAAAAACAAAACAAAUGUAUUGACAGAACACAACAAAUACAUAUAAACACCCAUUGAUUGAUUGAUUUGAUGACAAAAACCUUAUAUUUUUGUGUCGUUUAAGACACUAAUUGAACCGUUUAAGAGGUUUUUGUUUAUUAAUACUGUAUUGAUUAUAAUUAAAUAGUAGUUGUGAGUGAAACCGAUCGCCACCUGCGAGUAAAACACGUCGUCUCGCCUCCCGUUCCGCCUCUACUCUUAUCUCCUCUCUCUCCUCCCUGUCCUAUAAAUAGAUGUACUCUUUGUUUAUAUAACUAUCUCUUGAACUAAACGCUAGUCAGGAACUCAAACAUAUUUUUCAAAUUAUGACAACAAAAGCAUUGAGUGUUACGCGCAUCCCUUCCCACUCGACUCCAGUGUCUAUCUCUCUCCUCGACUAUCCGUAUCACUCGAUAUAAGUUAUGUAUUUUCAU